ACAAAAGCUAACCAUCAAGCAUUCCAAUACCAAAACAUUGUUUAGCUAUGGCAAACCAAUACUUUAGGAUGGCUUUUCUUCUUUGCCUCUUCUUGUCUCUCUCUUAUCAAAGCAUACGAAUCGAGGCUAGGGAAGGCAAAGCAUGUAUAGGCAAUUGUUACGGAUCUUCUGCUCCUCCGGUGCCUCCUAACGCUUCUCUUUCGAUACCUCCUAACUCUUCUCCUUCGGUUAAACUUACGCCUCCUUACGCUUCUCCUUCGGUGAAACUUACGCCUCCUUACGCUUCCCCUUCGGUGAGACCUGCAGGGACAACUCCCAACGCUUCCCCUUCGGUGAAACUUACGCCUCCUUACGCUUCCCCUUCGAUGAGACCUGCAGGAACUCCCAACGCUUCCCCUUCGGUGAAACUUACGCCUCCUUACGCUUCUCCUUCGGUGAGACCCACAGGAACAACUCCGAAUGCUUCCCCUUCACUUACGCCUCCUAACCCUUCCCCUUCAGAGAAAUUUAUCCCUCCGAAUGCUUCCCCUUUUAUCCAUACAUGAAUAUUAUGUUCUGAACUAGAUGUAACCCUGAAAUCAAUAUGUUUUGUUAGAUAAUUACUUUAUAUUAAUAAAAAGGAUCAUAUCCCCGUUUUGGUUUGAAA